UACUUAGUAUGCGUAUACUAAAAAAAUAAUUAUUAACCACAGAGGUCAUAUUACCUUAUGUACUUCUUUCAAACAGGUUUCAAAAUUGUCCCAACUUGUAAAUCUUCGAGAUAACAUAAUAUCAUUGAAGAUUCGUCCUAUAUCAUGCAUCAUCACGAUGGAAUCGUCUUCGUUACUUGAAGAAUGAACGUUAUCAGACAUAGUGUGGCUGAACUCAAUUCAAAUCUAAAAAUGUCUUGAUUUGACCGCUUCUGAAAAUUUUCACAAAUUGUCGAUGUGACGCACCAAUCAUUUUGCGACAGUUUGACCUUCAAGUGCUCGCAACCCCCAUCAGUGGACGAUACCGUAGGAGCGUUGCCGAACAUGACGCAGAACACGACGGCUGUUAUUGCUGUUGUUGCUUCAGUAUCGGCAGUUGUUGCUAUUUCAGGUGUCGUAUUGGGACUAAUAUUCAGACCUAAGAAGCCGAAAAGAACUCUUGUGGAUAAUGAUACGAAAAUUCCUUUACGAGUAGUGGAUAGAAGUUUCAUCACUCAUGAUACAAUCCGCCUAAAACUAGGUCUCCCCACAGCUGACCAUGUUCUUGGAUUACCUGUUGGUAAUCAUGUAUACUUCAGUGCGAAAAUUGAUGGGAACUUAGUGGUUCGACCCUACACUCCGAUCACACUAGACACCCAAAAAGGAUAUGUUGACUUUGUCAUAAAAGUGUAUAAAGGAAACGUUAAUCCUAAAUUUCCCAAAGGUGGAGUUAUGUCACAAUAUUUGGCUAGUCUCCCUAUCGAUGGAUUUAUUGAUGUUCGUGGUCCAUCUGGAAAAUUGGAAUACAAAGGGUGUGGUUUAUUCCAUAUAAAGCCGGAUCUACGUAGUUCACCUAAUCCUGUAAAAGUGAAACAUGUCAAUAUGAUUUGUGGCGGGUCUGGUAUAACACCAAUGUUCCAGCUAUUAUCUUACAUACUUCAGUCUAAAGAUGAUACAACACAAAUAGCAAUGGUCUUUGCCAAUGUGACUGAAAAAGAUAUUAUACUACGUGAUGAACUAGAAAAUUUCAAAGAUAAAUAUCCAAAUCAUUUUCGUCUUUGGUAUACAUUGAAUGAAGCACCGGAACGUUGGGCAUACAGUACUGGUUAUGUGAAUGAACAAAUGUUACAAGAGCAUAUUUAUCCAGUGAAAGAUAAUGAUACAAUCACAUUAAUUUGUGGUCCACCAUCAUUUAUUGAAUUUGCUUGCCUUCCAUCACUUACUAAAUUAGAUUAUCCGAAAAAUAUGAUUCAUGUCUUUUAAGUAUUGGUUUGCUUAUUGUUAAUCUAUUUGAUUGGUUUUAAUUGGUUUUGUUGGUUCCAAUUUAUCUGUAACUUUUCAUUAGUUGUCAUGAUAACAUUAACCUAUUAUAUUGGGGUUUAGUUUGCAUGGGCAAGAUACUACUAUUAUCAUUUAUUUUCUUUAUCUAAUAAUAUCGAUUGUCAAAUGUUUUAAAUAAAUAUUUUAUGCUUAAGUUUUCUAAGUUUUUCCAAUUACUAUACAUAUCGAUGUAAUUGUAUCCAUAUUCCAUGAGAGGUCUGCUUCCAAUUGAUUCAAAUCAAUACGGUUAAUUAUCUCCAAUGAGAUUGUCUAUUAAUAGUCAGAUGAUCGUUGAGGAUUCCAAGUUAAUAGAUUACUGAAAUAAAUGAUUGAGGCGAUUAUUUCGAUUUCUUACUAUUGGC